AUUGGUCAGCAGCUCUCUUGAAUGAAGCGCCGCAGAAGCGCGCAUGCAGCCAGGAGGAAGCCGUGUGGGCCGCUGCAGGGAGGGACCGAAGCACAGCAACACGACCGCUGGGCGGGCUGCGGUGGUGGUCGGACACCGGUUAUCUGUCGACCUGAGGCGGCUGGCUCUCUUCCGGAGCUCGGUGUCGGAGAGUAAAUGAGGUUGAUGCUGCUCUGCUGCACCUGGAAGGACGAACGCAUGGGAGAGGAGGAAGCCGGAGGAAGUUUGCCCGUCUGUGCGGGAUGCAAACAGAGGAUCCACGAUGAGCAGUACCUUCAGGCCCUCAACGCUGACUGGCACACCGUCUGCUUCAGGUGCUGUGAGUGCAGUGCUUCGCUGUCACACUGGUAUUAUGAAAAAGAUGGACGGCUUUUCUGCAAGAAGGACUACUGGGCCAAAUUCGGGGAGCUGUGCCACGGCUGCACUGACCCAAUCACCACCGGCCUCAUCAUGGUUGCAGGAGAACAGAAAUAUCACCCAGAAUGCUUCACCUGUCUGAACUGCAGGACAUUUAUCGGUGAUGGCGACACAUACGCUCUGGUGGAGAGAUCCAAACUCUACUGCGGCCCCUGUUACUACGAGACCAUCGUCACACCGGUGUCUCCGCCAUGCUCACGGAUCCCUCACACGGUCACACUUGUGUCCAUCCCAGCAUCCGCCGAGGGGAACAACGGACGCAGAGGACGAGGUUUCUCUGUGGCCAUCGACCAGCCGCUCAGCCCGACCAACGGCUACAGUCCUGAUGGACACACUGUCAGAGUCUCCCAGGUGGAACCAGACUGCAUCAGUCCAGAUGUGAAAAACUCCAUUCAUGUUGGAGAUAGGAUCCUUGAAAUCAACGGGACGCCUAUUAACAAUGUCCCUCUGGAUGAGAUCGACCUGCUCAUCCAGGAGACGAGCCGGCUGCUGCAGCUCACUAUCGAGCACGACCCUCACAGUCAGGAGGGAGGCUCAUCAGAGGCUGAAGAGCAAGUGGACGGCCCCCUGUCCACCCCGCUGUCAGGGUGCCCCAUCCUGCCCAUCACACAGCCCCCCAACAUCGACAUCAACAGCCUGAGAUCCCGUAUCAUCACGAGGAGCUACAGCAUUGAUAAGUCACCAGGCUCCAGCAAUGCAGCGUCCCCCAUCUCCCAGAGGAAGGACAUCAAUCGGUCAGAGUCACUCCGCGUCGUGUCCAAUCAGACGCAUCGCAUCUUCCGCCCAUCCGACCUCAUCCAUGGAGAGGUGCUGGGGAAAGGCUGCUUUGGACAGGCCAUCAAGGUGACCCACAAGGAAACUGGGGAGGUGAUGGUGAUGAAGGAGUUGAUUCGCUUUGAUGAUGAGACACAGAGAACAUUCCUGAAAGAGGUGAAGGUCAUGCGUUGCCUUGAUCAUCCCAACGUGCUCAAGUUCAUUGGAGUCCUCUACAAGGACAAGAGGCUCAACUUCAUUGCAGAGUACAUAAAGGGAGGCACCUUGAGAGAAAUCAUCAAGAAAAUGGACAGCAACUAUCCCUGGAACCAGCGGGUCAGUUUUGCCAAGGACAUAGCUGCUGGAAUGACAUAUCUGCAUUCCAUGAACAUGAUCCACCGGGACCUGAACUCACACAACUGUCUAGUCCGAGAGAACAACACAGUGGUAGUGGCCGACUUCGGGCUGGCUCGGCUCAUGGUGGACGACAAGCACGAGGAGAAGUUGUCGCAGGGUAAACUGCCCGGCCUCAAGAAGCACGACCGCAGAAAGAGGUACACCGUUGUGGGAAACCCCUACUGGAUGGCUCCUGAGAUGAUCCACGGGAAGAGCUACGAUGAGAGAGUAGACAUCUUUUCUUUUGGUAUCAUGCUCUGCGAGAUAAUUGGCAGGGUGAACGCAGACCCCGACUACCUCCCCAGAGCGAUGGACUUCGGACUGAACGUGUCUGGUUUCCUGGAGCACUUCUGUCCUCCUAAUUGUCCUCCUGCCUUCUUCCCCAUGGCUGCUGUGUGCUGUGACCUGGAUGCAGACAAACGGCCAGCUUUCUCCAGACUUGAGGAGUGGCUGGAGAACCUGAAGAUGCACUUGGACAUUGGUCUACCGCUGGUGUCUGAAGUGGACCAGCUGCACAAGGCCUUCUGGGAGAACCACAGCAUCCCGCGCCCUGAAAACGGCCUGCACAGCCACCCCGAACAGCCGGAGUAAGGCUUAACACGACUGGAGGAGUGGGAAGUCGGAGUAACCCCCACAUGGGCAGCGAUCGCCUGCCUCACGGCGGGGCAAAGACUGGAGGAGUCGUGUAUAUACUCCACCACGUUUGAAGCUGCGGGCGUAGGCUUGCUCAAGCCUAACAAGACUCAGGGGGAAAACGUGGAUCUGAAAGGCCACCUGCUCAAGACGCACGCACAUUCAAAGUCAAAUCAAGAGACAUUAACUACAGAAGCUGGAUUCUGCUGCACCCGAAGCUAACGUGGAAGAUGUCAUAUGCAAUCAGACCCAACUUUCAAAUCAUGACUCAACUUCUUGAAUCAUGUAGAUUUCACAUUAGCGGUGAUACCGUUCAAAGAUACUUUGUGUAAAUUCAUAUGGACGUCAAAGUAGACAAACCUUCAGCCUCCUCACUUUGGGCCGCUGCAUUGUGCAGUACUGUACAUGUUUGCAGGUGUUUCUGUGUGAGUUUGGUUUGAUUUUGCUUUUGGUUCAGAUAUCAAAACUGAACUUAGGAAAAAUGCCAAGGAGAGGGGCCCACCUGUCGUUUAAGACUGUAAAGGUCGAGAUCGACUAGCUCACCACUUGUACAAGUCAAAGACAACAUUUCAAGCUUUAAAUAAUUCACUGAAGAAUGCACGAGUGUAGAUAAUGCUAUCAGGUCAUAUCCUGGUUCAUCGUGUCCUUCUCACCUCAUUUGGUCAUAAACUAUGAGACCUACAUGCGACUGUGGCCCCUCCCCCUCAUUUAUUGUGUCGCACUGACUUUACAUUGAAAUCUUUUGCUUAAAUUCGGUACGUUGUCUCUCAAUUUAAAGAGCUGUCAGCGCAUCUAAUUCAUAUUGUCGUGGCAUCUUAUACAUUCAAACACAGACCAGUGUACAUUGUAAAUGUUUUAAAUAUUGUAAAUGUACAGACAUAUUUUGUAUACGUAUGCUACAUUGCCAUAUUUUUAUUGGCCAACUAGUUGAAAUUAUGGAGAGGGCGCAGAUGAAAGCUUUAUUCUUUUUGUUUUUUCUACAUUGUUGCUACUGUGGCCGUUUAGAGGCUUUUAGCAUUUGAGAUAAGAGGAAUCUUAUCACCACAAAAUAUCCCUUACCCUCAGUUUAAGCUCAGUAAAUGUUAUAGUCUGUCAUCCACAAAGUGUUUUUCAUGUGCUGUAGUAAAUUUAAUUGUAAUGCUGGAUUAUUAAAUCAAAUCAAACUUGCUGAUGUAAAUCUGCAUAUUAUCAUCGACUCUAAUAAGAUGUGAUUUUAGACUUUUAAGGGCAAUCAAAUGUUACUCACUUACUGACUCUCGUCUCAUUUACUGUAAAGUCGUUCAGGUGUGAUGAGGUACUGCCUCAUCAUGUCAGCUGUCUGGCAACAUAUUUGUCCUUCCUCCUGUUGAUGACCCACUGUGUGUAUACAUGUACAUUUCAGCUGUAAAUAUCACUGUAUAUAUGCAUAUGUCUGUGCAUAUGUCUGUGCAUCUGUCUGCGUGCAUUGCAUAAAUAUGUGCACUCCUCAGAAAUCAUUUCUCCCACUGUUAGAUAUCUCUCUUGCACCUUCUAUCAAUAAUGAUCUUUUGAUUUUUUCCUUGCUGUUGUUUUCUCAAACUGCAUGAUGUACUCGCUCUGCCCAACUCCUAAACCAAGCUACUUUUUGUCUCUCAAUGAUGUGAUUUUAAAUAAGAAAACAAAGAGUGAAAGACAAAACAAGCUAGCAAAGAAAGUCAAGCUAAAAAGGAUAUAUAUAUAGCCACUGAAAUCUUUUUGUAUAGUUUUGAGUACUUUAAUUUGCACUAUAUUACCAAAUGGCUGGUUGAAGCCAUGUUUGUUCAUUUCCUCUCUUGGGCUACUUGUGAGAAGAAAAUAAAUGAUGUCGGUUCAGGUAUAUAUAUGAAUGCAAGACACUGAUAGAGCCUUUCAACUGUAAAAAUGGGAUCUGGGAAAUGCAUCCUCUUGAUAGCGAACGGUUUCUGAUUAUUUACAUGCAUUUUGUUGUGUUCAACAUUAAAGUUGGAAAGCACUAUGGGAAGCAUUACUAUAUUUUACUUUUCAAGCUUUGGCACCAAAAUGUCUUUGCUACCAAGAGGAUGUGUCGUCCCAGCUCUGCCUGCUGCCUACAGACUGGUACUUUGCGAAUGAUGUUCUGUGUUUUUUCUGACUGCUUGGUUUUGUGUGUGAUGCCCACAGAGGCUGUAACCACUGCUGGUCUUUCUGAUAUAAUAGCACUUAAACUGGCCUGUCUCACCGCUCACCUCCUCGUCACACUCCUUUGGCUCAGGGCCGUACUUUUCUGGAUUUUUCUUAGUAAUUCAGUUAACUCCGCAGCCUAAUAGGAGAGCACGAUUCAUCACGUAACCGUGAGACUCACAGAGCAUGUAACCUUCUGUCAAUGUAAAGGCUGGGACACAACAUAUGCUUCUGUAAAGCCCCUGCUGGUUGAUGUGUUCGUCCGUGGGCCUGCACUGUACACAAGAUAGUUUGCCAUGUUUCUGUUCUGUCAAGCAUGUUGGGCGUGUCUGUGGGGACGUGUUGAGGAUCCAUGAGAAUGUUGCCGCAGCAAUUCUUUGCAAAGGAUCGUUACCUCUGAACAAUGCUGUGCCUUUGAUGUAAGCUAGCCUUGCCAACGACUCGAAAACGUCAACUGAUUUCCUUUUUUUAUGUAUCAUAAGUGCAAGCCUGAUUUAAGUGGAUUGAAUAUAAUUGCUGAUACAAUGUUGUAUGAGAUCUCAUCUUGUUCUGUAUCCUAUUUAUGUUUUCCAGAUCCCCAUUGUUAGUUUUGAUAUUUUAACAUUUCGUUGUUUUUGGUCUUAUUUAAUUUUUUUUACACAAGCUGUGAAAACAAUUCUGCACUUUAUUCCUGAACGUGAACAUUUAGAGGAGGCGACUGUUGUUUUCCCCUUUUUUCACAGCUACAAAUAAAACUGUUGCUUCUAAAACAAA